AUGAGGGACCUCUUUGUCAAUCAGGGGGAGAUUAGAUCUGAUCUCGGCAGAUUAGAUAUCUCCAUCCUCCUUGCGCGAAGCACUUCUCAAUGUGGCUCGGCUUUCCGUGGGAAGGGUCAUGUUUCCGUGUCUUUUCGCCGGUUGGCCUACAAGGGAUACGACAACGAGGAUGGCGCUAAGGAAGGUGGCUACCCAACCUGGCGCCGGCAAGCCAUGGAGGAUGCGUAUCGGCUACUCUACGACGAGGCUGCCGCAAGCGGUUCGCAGGCCCUAGAUCGACUCCCAGAGCCCCCCACCUCAGAGGAGAUCGGCUUUCGACCUUUGCCUGAAGCCUUGGUCUCCGGCGAGGCAUACAAGCAGAACUGCUAUGCAGGAUGCUUUGAAGACCAAAGCACCUGGCGAAUGUACCGUCGACGAUUUGACUACGAGAUCUACAAGGUGAAUGCAGGAGGUUUCGUGGCUGGUCGGAAAAUAGUUUCCGGAACGCAGACGCGAAGUGUCUGUGCUGCGGAUGUUGCUUCCAAGGUGGCGGAGGUUCUGCUACCAGACGCCUGCUGCGUCAGCCGUGAGGACAUGCAUUCGGCCAAGGGGCCGUUUCUGCUGCCCAAGGGCUCACGCGGACAGCCACGGUGGGCGCCACCAAUGGAAGAUGAGGAGGGGUUGGCCAAGGGCCGCCUUGCAAAAAGACAGCCCAGCAUGAAGUGUUCGCUACAAGUAGGGUGUGUUGCUCGUACUCAGCGAAAGAAAUUGGGCAUCAAACCAUGGUGCUCUGGGGGCGGAAAAAGCGGACAGGAGAUUUCUUUAGGCAUCUCUCGCCAACAGGGUUGA